AUGGCAGAAAAGGAGGAGAAGAAUGCGGUUGUGUAUCGCAGCGUCUCUUUUAAAAAGUUGGGGUCCUGGAGUGCCAACAGAGGUGAAGACCAACACAAAUCAGAGGAUUUGGAAGCAGCUGGCGUCGCCCUUCCCCCGGAGCCCAGAAACGCACAACAGCCUUUGGCGACGCGUAAUGUCAGUCAGUCAAGAAAAGUUUCCAAAAUCUGUGCCACAACCGCCGGCCUCCCAACCACAGAUCCAAAGAGAGGCUCCUCCACUCCCCUCUCUUCUAUUUCUCCAUCCAUUCGCCAGCUCAGUCAGAGGUUCAGCAGCUCCAGCUCCAGCUCCAGCUCGGCCAGGACGCACAGAGGCUCUUCGGGAAACGGUGCAGCGGUGACGCGGGGGCGCAGCACUCUUCCACGGGUCAGAUCUAAAUCUUUCCACGAGGAUACCGGUGGUGGAUAUUCCCAAGAUAGUGAUACUACAACUACAGACUUUCUCUCAGACAAUAAAGUGCAAAAGUUUCACUCUGGCACCGACUCAGUGUCAGGCUCUGACUCUGAGAAGAAAACUGAAAGGUGGAUUUUCACUCGGUUAUCAUCCGACAGCAACACUGGUAAGAGAGAUUAUUCCCAAAUCAAUACAUAUCCAUCUGAUCCUAAAAAGACUUUAACUACAGAUGAGGAAGAGGAUGUUUUUAGUCGAGGGUUUCCACCACCUUGUAAAUCUCAUAGAAGUUAUCUUUCCACACACCACAGUGACUUUAUUCCGAUACACUCAAGACAAGACAAGUGGCCCAGUGUCACCAAAAUCAGACAACUUUUUGAUGAGAGAGAAAGUAAAGUUACACAGCAGCCUAAAAGUGACAGUUGUGAGAAUCUCAAACCAGCCAGCAGAGGCCAUCUAGACCAUCUUAGCUCCAGUGAAAGUGCUCUAUGCUCAGAUAAAAGUGACAAACUCUCAUCUUGUAGCUCUGCCAAUGAACCCAGCGCCCUGUCUUUGCCAGACAAAUGCAUAAGUGGUGCACAAAGCAGAGACAACAGUGCUGCUAAAGAGACACUGGGUUGUGAUAUGGACUCUUAUUCCAAAGCUGGCCCGCAACAGCAGUACUCAAAUGAUGAGGAGGCAGACGUAGAAACAGGUAGUUCUAAUAACACCAAAGUUGGAAAUACUUUUCAGAAGAGCGGUUGGACUGCAGGUAGUCAGCACCAGAGGAUUAACCCGUCUUCACACAGAUUGCAAAGUCUGAGCACUGAAGCACAGACUCCUGGUAAGACCCCCAGGACGACAGAAUUGACAUCUGACCCCAACCCUGACCUUCAGCCUCCUGCUGCUUUUUCUUGGACUCUCUCAGUGAGCCUAGACACCUCCUCCUGCACCUCCUCUGUUCAGCAGCCGACAGUGAGGGAGAGAAGGGAUAGACAGGGGGUCGGGCUGCCCAGGGAUAGUUUACAUUCCUCACAUAGCUCCUCUAGAGCACCAGCCCCCACCUCCUCCCCCUCCUCCUCCGCUCCACCUCCAGAUAAAGCCAUUACCUCCUCCUCCACUGUAGCUCCCAACACUGAACUAAGAGCCCCAGCGAGAGUUACCUCUUCCCUCACCUCUCGCUGGAAAUUCAGCUCUGGUGACGACGAGGAGGAGGAGCACACCAGGAGAAGAAGAGGAGGAGGAGGUGGGAGUGUUUCCUCUGGCCCUGCUCCUUCUAUUUCCUAUAGAGGAGAAAGGGGAGCCAUAGAGCGAGGAGGUUAUUUAUCACGUAAUAAAAAUGGCUGGUGGGGUACCAAGGGCAUUGGCAGGUCCUCAGGAAGUGAGGAAGACAGUCCUGGUUCUCUAGGCCCCCCCAGUCGAGAGGCAGUGCGCCGUCGUUCACUAAGGAAGAAAAAGAAGGUCAUUGGAGCCCCAUCAGCAGGCCGUGAUGAUUAUGAUGAUCAUGAUGGCGAAUCAGAGGAUAGUGACAGUGACACAGCCUUGACCAUGGAGCAUUUGGAAAGGCACCAUCAGCAAAACACAGGAGGAGAAUUUGGGGGAAUAGUAACUCGCAGCCACUCUGUAAGGGAACCCAGCACUUACAAUAACAGAGCCAGAGUGCAGCAGCAAUGGGAGCGCAUCUCCUCUCCUACAGCGUCGACAACACGUCCAUGUGUAUCACGAGUGUCAAAGGUCAAUAUCCCUCCAUUCGUUUCCAGUCCGGGGGCGUCACGUUGCAGCAGUCGAUACUCCAGCACUGAAACGCUAAAGGAGGAGGAUCAGGCUGUCAACCGUACAGGAAAUGUGUUCUUUAACACUAUAGGAAGUAGCACUACUAGCAGAACUGUAAACCCUAAUGUGGCAUCCUCAUCAAUGCUGAGUAAAACCUACCAUGGGAAUUUUACCAUGUACCGCUCACCCAGCUUUGGUCAUGGGGAUAAUUUCUCUCGCACUCCUGUACGGGUGCGCCCUAAGAUUGUGCCCACAGUCGUCUCCCCGUCCACUGUGCAUACCAGAGAAGGGGGAGCAUCAGGAGAGAUUGGUAAAAACAUGGCACUUAGGAAGACAGUGUUUGAGGAUAGGAUAGAAGAUAAAGAUAAGAACCGAAUAUCUAUGUCCAACCCUGAUAUAGCGUCAGAAACCAUGACACUAUUAAGUUUCCUUAAGUCUGAUCUAUCUGAGCUCAAGGUGCGUAAAAAGAGUAUAGGAGACAAAUCUGGUGCUGGUGAGGGGUCGUCAAUGUACAGGAUGGGGUCACGGAAUCAUGGGGGGACCCUGCUACCCUCUGGUCGCCGACCAUCGCUGAAAGAUCUGACUGCCACACUUCGCCGUGCAAAAUCGUUCACCUAUUCAGAGAAACCCUCACCAUCUGUGAGAUGUUAUUUGACAGGUGGCACCACUAAGAGGAGCUCCUCUGAGCAACAGCUUGACAUAGAUGGAGAAAGGGAUGGAGGGAGUGUGUCGAUUUCAGACAGGGAGGUCGAAAGUGAUGGAGGUGAUUUUAGAAUCGGAAGAGGACAAAGGGUUAGGGAUUAUGAAUAUGAUGAUGAUGAUAUGAUGCCAACUCCAUUACAGGAAAGGUAUGUGCAGGAAGCAAGACAGGUUAUUCAAGAUAUCUGCCAGAUGAGCACCAGAGAAGACGAUGAUGACUUAGAUGUAGGGAGAACUGAGGAUGACAUGAAGAAUAAAGGUUUCCAGGUUAGCAAAACAAAUGAAGAGAAACAGAAGGCAGGAGACAGCAUUAAGGAUGAGGCAAAGACAGAUGAAGAGAGUGAAUCUAAGAACAUAAAGGACAGAGAUAAACAUGAGAGGGAGGGAGAGAACAGAGAGAGGGAGAGGCAUGAGAGGGAUGGACAAAGUAUGCAGUUGGAGAAGCUAAACAGCAGGGGCACAGAGUACAGGGAGAAGGCAAAGAGACUAAGCAGAGAAACGGAGAGAGCCUUACUGAAGGGCGACUCAGAGGAAAGCAUGUCCUAUGAUCGCUCUGUGGACGAACUUUCAGGCCAUGAGUCUAGUUUAACAGAUGAAGGAAUUGUGACAGAGCCAGAAACAGGCCCAAGUGACCCUGCAGAGAGGUCCUUUCUGGGGUCAGUGGGGGUUAAUUCGGGGUCAGGAAUUGCCAGAGAUGUGUUAGGGCAACCUGUCAUCAUAUGGAAGCAAUCGGCCCUCCAUGCGUUGGAGGGGUUUAACCAGGAAAGAGAAGAAGCUGCAGAGGGCGGUUGUAAAAAUCUCCUGAAUGAAAACAGCAUACCUCUUUCUUUGCCUCUCUCUGCCCGUGUGGCUGAGAGUGACAGCAUUAUUAUGGAGCUGAGCAGUACUGCUAGUAGCAAAAAUGUCAAUAUUACCAAUGAGGAGAUCAACACCAACAAAGCUGGGUCACAGGGGUCAGCAUCCACUGCAGAAGGAGGAGGAGGAGGGAGUGAAGCCCCUGCAACCCCCAGUGCAAUCCGACGACGGCGCAAGUUCUCUCCUUCUGGUAAUAAUAAUACAGGCUCAGACUCUAGUAAUGGCAUUAAUGCAGAGUCAUCGCCAGCUGUUGGAAAUGGGGAGUCCACAGUCUACCGUUCUCUUAGUGACCCUAUGCCACAGCGGCGCUGUUCUGUGCCAGAGGAUGGGAACAAUAAUUUUUCAUCUGUAGACAGCAAUUUAUUAGGAUCACUCUCUGUCAAAGGAGGAGGCGCCUCAGAGUCCUGUACAGCGGCCACCUUGUCCGAAUACAAGGGCAGCGUGGCCAGUGAUCUGUCAGUGUGCAGUGAUGGUGGUCUCCGUGACGAUGGCAUUCGAGACUACAGUGGGGUCAUCAGGAGCAUUGUAGCAGAACCAGGUGCAAUGGACAGACUGAUGACAGACGAACAUGGCAAUGGCAAAGCUCCAAAGAAAAAAUCAUUCAGUGACCCCAGUCGCCGUAGCGAUGCCCCUUUACUUUCCCAAAAUGACCCACAGUUUAAAGGUCAGUCUGGCAGCACCGAACCAAUCAGUGAACUGGAUCACCAAAUUCCACCCUCUAGCAGUGAGCCAAUCCUAAGUGAGCAGAGAGAGGAAAUGUGGGAGCCAGAGCCUCCAAUGGUGACACACCCACAUCACCACGGACACAGCAAUAUUAAGAAGCCUCGGUCCAAAUCAGAGAGUACCCCUUACUCCCAUAUUCAUGAUGACGAAGAAGAUGAUGUAAUAGACCAGGGUGGAGAAGAUGAAGAGGAAGAGGUGAAUAAGUUUAACUUUGACCUCAAGCUCGUUGAGGCACUGUCUCCUAGAAUGAUUCGUCGGCCUUCCAGAAAGCGUCCAAACAGGUUGGCUCAGUUCUGCCCUCAUGAGGACCCAUUUGAGCCCCAAGAACCAGGUUCAGAGCAGGAGGAUCAGAGUGACCUCAUUCCUGUUCUUCCUCCAACCCCAUCCCAAUCCAAAACCAAAACCAGACCCAAGCAUGUCCGCCAUGCUAGUGAACCAUCCACCUUCAUACCCAUCUCUCCACCUUCACAACUGCAGCCUGUGAAGGAAGGACACUGCCUCAACAUCCUACCCACUGCAGAGCCUCCAGUCCUGGGUAAGCCUCCAGGAGAAGAGGCCCCCUCCCUGGAGGAUGUGACUCAGAAAUAUAUCCUAGAACGGGGGACUGCGGACAGAAACAUCGAGGGCCCAAGGCCUCUACCAGGGGCCAGGGAUGGGGCUGAAGGAUCACUGUCAGCCUCACAGGGGUCCAGUGAACCCUCUACCAGUGGACUUACUGAAGCUGGGCCCCAAAAGAAGAGUUCAGAGGGAACUGCAUCCAUCCCCACCCCACAGAGGACCAAACCCAGAGUGGACAUGAGGAAACAUGUGAUGAUGACUCUCCUGGACACAGAGCAGUCAUAUGUGGAGUCACUACGCACUCUUAUUCAGGGCUACAUGCGUCCUCUCAAACAGGCGGACAGCGGCUCCAUAGUGGACCCACUCCUAGUGGACGAGAUGUUCUACCAGAUCCCUGAGAUCCUGGACCACCAUGAACACUUCCUGGAGCAGGUCUCUGGCUGUGUCAGCCAGUGGCACGACAGGCAGACCGUUGGACAUCUCCUCAUCCAUUCAUUCUCUAAAGAGGCUCUAGCUAAUAUGUAUUCAGCCUACAUUGACAACUUUCUCAAUGCCAAAGAUGCUGUGAGGAUUGCCAAGGAGGCCAAGCCAGCGUUUCACAAGUUUCUGGAGCAAAACAUGCGUGAGAACAAGGAGAAACAGGCUCUGGGUGAUCUGAUGAUUAAGCCGGUCCAGAGGAUUCCUCGAUAUGAGCUGCUGGUUAAGGACCUACUAAAGCACACUCCAGAGGACCACCCAGACCACUCGUUCCUACUGGAUGCACAAAGGGACAUCAAGCGUUUGGCUGAGAAGAUCAAUAAGGGCCGUCGCUCUGCUGAGGAGGCGGAAAGGGAGGCCAGGGUCAUCCAGGAGAUCGAGGCACAUAUAGAAGGAGUUGAACAUAUUCUGAAUCCCCAGAGGAAGUUCUUGAGACAGGAAAUUGUCAUGGAGGCGAAAACAGUUGGUGGGAAGAAAGACCGCUCUCUGUUCCUCUUCAGUGAUCUGAUCAUCUGCACCACUCUCAAGAGGAAGUCUGGCUCAUUAAGACGCAGCUCCAUGAGUCUAUAUUCUGCUGCGAGUGUGAUCGAUACGUCCAGCAAGUACAAAUUCCUGUGGAAGCUUCCCCUAGAGGAGGUGGAGGUUGUAAAAAGCUCUGCUCAGGCUACAAACAAGGAAAGCAUCCAGAAGAUGAUUAGCCGAUUAGAUGAGGAUCUCAGCACACUGGGUCAGAUCAGCAAACUGUCCGAGACACUCAGCUUCCCUCACCAGUCCCUAGAUGAAGUGAUUAAGGAUCUGAUGGCCUCAGUGCACAGGGAACUUUCAGAAAAACAGUCUCUGGCUUUCAGCAUGACCUUUCUGCCCACUAAACUGGAGUUCACCACAGCUUCUGCGGAGAGCAGCUUCGUCUUCGAGUUCACCUCCCCUGAUGCUCGCUCCAACUUCGAGCAGGCCUUCGAGGAGGCAAAGAAGAAAUUAGCCAUGAAUAAGGACCAGUGGGACCCUGAGUUUCUGAAAGCCAUUCCUAUUAUGAAGACACGCAGUGGAAUGCAGUUUUCAUGUGCCUCCCCCAGCCACAGCUGUCCUGACAGUGGCUGUGAAGUGUGGGUGUGUAACAGUGAUGGAUAUGUGGGACAGGUGUGUCUGUUAAAUAUCAAAGAUGAGCCCACGGUGGAAGCCUGUAUCGCUGUCUGCUCAGCGAGGAUCAUUUGUAUCGCUGCUGUACCAGGACUGAAGGCGAGGGAGCGUGGAUCAGAACCCGUCCCUCCUCCUGGAGCUCCGAACCAACCCCAGCAGCAGCUCCAUAUUUCUAUCUCUCAUUCAUCUCUCGAGCUAACGGAACAGCCCACGGGACCGGGGGCGGAGCUUGUUCCAUUUGACAGCGAUGACACUGAUGAUGAAGAUUCACCAAGCCCUUCGUCCACUCUGCAGAGUCAAGCCAGUCAUUCCACCAUAUCAUCCAGCUAUGGCAAUGAUGAGGGUCCCAGCUCUAAGGACUUGGCCACUGAGACCACCAGCAGCGAGGAGGAGCAGGAGUUCCCAGCUGCCAGCUCCUACGGGACUCCAGGGAUGUUGGGGGUCGGUGGAGGAAGCCGCCCCCAUGCAGAGAGCCCUAUGGACGGCCGGGCCAUGCGCCGUUCGUCCAGAGGCUCGUUCACCAGGGCCAGUCUGGAGGAUCUGCUGAGCAUCGACCCAGAGGCCUACCAGAGUUCGGUGUGGCUCGGUACAGAGGACGGAUGCAUCCAUGUGUACCAAUCCUCAGACAACAUCCGUAACCGUAAGAACAGCAUGAAGAUGCAACAUUCGGCUUCCAUCCUCUGCGUACUAUAUUUGGACAACAAAGUGUUUGUGUCUUUAGCCAAUGGAGAAGUGAUUGUCUAUCAAAGAGAAGCAGGUAGUUUUUGGGACCCUCAGUCUUCUCAGACAUUAGUUCUGGGCACGCCCAGUAGCCCAGUCACCAAAAUGGUUCCAGUGGGAGGAAAGCUGUGGUGUGGCUCACAGAACAGAGUCCUUAUUAUCAACACAACUACACUGGCACAAGAGCACUGGUUCCAGGUGGGCACAGACAGCAGUCGGUGUGUGACCUGCAUGGUAGCAUAUGGCCAAGGAGUGUGGUUAGCGUUGCAGGGCAGUGCACAGGUCAGACUGUACCACGCUCAGACCUGGGAGGUCCUGACAGAGGUGGACGUCGCCCCCGCUGUGCACAAGAUGCUUGCAGGUGCAGAUGCGAUCAUUAGGCAGCACAAAGCAGCCUGUCUGAGAAUCACAGCGCUGUUGGCCUGUAAGGAUCUGCUGUGGAUCGGCACCAGCGCAGGGGUGGUCCUCACUCUCACAAUCCCAGCAGUGAGCUCAGGAACCGGGGCCGGCACACUGAAGUCUCCCCUGGCGCCCAUGGGCUCGGCUCACGGACACACAGGCCACGUUCGCUUCCUCACAUCCAUAGAACUACCAGAAGGAUUUGACAUGAAUUUCCCCCCUUCAUCAGCUGACUCCACAGGCAACCAGUCCCACAGCAGCAGCACAAUUGAUGGAAACCUCCAGAGGCGUGACUCCGCACGGCGCCGAGCAUCUGCCCAUCUUCCUCCGAAAAAUAAUCACCUAGUCAUCUCCGGUGGCGAUGGUUACGAGGACUUCAGACUGACCAACAGCAGCGAAACAGUGGGACGGGAUGACAGCACCAACCACCUUUUGCUCUGGAAGGUCUGAGACAAUCAUCCACCCGGUCUGGAAAUACCCAAUCCAGCCUCUCAACCAGCUGAGAACGGCGCACAAGCUCCUGUCCUUUUUUCCCCCCAUCUGACUCCUCACGUUUUGGUGUUGUUUGGGUCUUCUGCUCAGUCCACUGGUCUCUAUGUGCAUACGGCUGUCAGCUCCCUGUUGGACCUACUAAUGAAUACUUACAACCCAGUUUUCUUGUGUUAAUGUUUCUAAUGGUGUGAGCUGUACUUCACUGGGUGCUGUUAGUGCAUGUGCAUCUUGUUUUUUUAGCAUUGGAUGUAUUCUGCAUACCCUGCGAGUAUUGUCCGGUCUAGAAAUGUGUCAAUAAACUCAUGUGCAAACUGAGAGAGACAGAAGAAGACGGAGAAGGGAAAAACAAUAUAAUCGUAGAUGGACGUAUGGAGAUUAAAAAAAGACAGAGAAGAAGACUUGGCAGUAAGUCAUUCCAGAAGCAUGGACAACAACCCUUCAUCACUUUAUCUUAAAAAGAACUAUGGACAAAAAAAAUGAACCCUCCUGAUGAAAACAAGACAAAUAUAUACUGUGUGUUAAUGGAAAUGACUUGGUUUGAUCAAAUCAAAAGUACGUGUUCCACAUUUGUUUCUGCAGCUAGAGGUUCAGUUUACGUCUGCAAGACUGUCAAAGAAGUAAUGCUUGGUCUCCUGAACCGAACUGGCCAGCCACAGGCCCAGACAACCUUUAAUGACAGAUAUGAGAUAAGACGUCUCUGAUCUCCUUACAGGUGUAAUAAUAAGUACUCUUGAUCACUGCUUACACAUGUAAGACUGCUAUAAUCAUCCUUUGUCAUGCUCAUGUAGAGGGAGACUUAGGAAGGGCAUCGCUUAAGUGCAAUACAUGGCAAAGGUGUUGAAUAAGACUAAGACUGCGAUCCCAUGCAUACAGUACAGUCAUAUAUUCAUACACAUUUCCCUCACUGAUUCAGAAAGCGUUUCUGUAACAUAAAUGUGUAGAUGGUUCAUUGUGUCACUGCUGGAGUUUAAUAGACAACAAGUGCAUUGGAGACAUUCCUCCUUAACAUGACCAUGAUGACUAUGCCAAAGCCUUGUACAUGUAAAAGUAUUGAUGUUGAGGGAUUUAUUUUGCCAUGAAAUUUCAGUUUAAGUGUACGGUCUGGACGGAAACCAGGACUGAUGUUGAUGUUUUCUAUUGCAGACUUUUACAAGAUGAAGCUAGGCUGUGGUAGCAUAUAAAGAUAGUUGUGUACAGUAUUUAUGGUUUUGAUUUUAGCUCUUUUUUUUUUUCUUUUACGGCACUUAAUUUAUAGACGAUGUAGCUUUAACUAUUACUUUUGAGUUGAAGAGCAAGGAGACAGGCAGUGUGGAGAAACGGAUAGAUCAGGUUUGGUACGAUACAUGAUACAGGGUACACUUCUUUACUUGCAAAGUGAGUUGUUUGACUUCAUGGGUAUAGAUGGAGAAGGGUUAGGAAGAAAAUAUUUAUUCACAGUGAAAUAUAUCUCCUCAUCAUUGGCUGUUUGAAGUCAUUCCUUAUGUGAUUAAAUUAAGCCAAGAGUAAUGUCUUGUAGUAGGUGAAUACAGGUCACUCUUUAUGAUGAAAUGACCCCGAUGCAGUCCUCCCACUCUGCUCAUAUCUCCUUUUCAGAUGCCAAAUCUAAAGUUUUCUAUUUAUUUGUUUUCAGCAUCAUGACAGUGUGGUUUUAUGAAAUACUGUGCGAUAUUAUUGUAACAUCCUUGAACAGUAAGGUCGGGUUUGUUUGUGAGAUUACAGCGAGUGUAAAAGGUAGAUCAGUCAGUCAGGAGGACAAAUGCUGAGCACCUGCACGUGCCUUCAGAAGGCAAAGUUAAGCCAUUACAUGCACACUAAGUGAAAAGUCAGCUGUGUGGAAGUGAAGGAGGACUCUGACUUGUCCUUGCAUACAUAAGUUAGCCUGAGGCUUUGGGGUUAAGCAGUGAUUGUCUUUGAUCCUCAUUGCACCUUUCCAACCAUCUGCGCUCCUCACCUUCCCACUUACAAAUGCUCCGUUAGGUUAAAUCUCCCACUGUGAACUGGCUAAGAGGAUCAGCUGGGUGUUGUGAUAUCUGCUCGCAACGAACUAAUUGGUCAGAUCUUUGCCUUUGAGCGUCUAAAGGACUGUUUCUGCUCUGUUAGUUGGCUGACCAUUAUAAAAAAACAAUCUGCUUUUUUCGGUGUUUUUCAGCCUGUUGUCGUCAUCCUACAGGAGCAUGUGAAUAGAGGACAGUACAUUAGCAGAUCAAAAGUUUAACAUUCAGUUUUCACAUCAGCAGUGAUAUUUGUAGUGCCAAAAGCUGGCAGAUAGCUCCCUCAAAAUGGUGUUUAAAUCUGCCAUCUUUGCUGGUAUCAACACCUCUGGAGCAGUGUUUGUCAGGCUGUGACUUCGGUAUCUGCACCUUGUUGGGUCCUCAGACAGCAGUGUUUUUAAGCACUAAACUGUUUGACUUUAACUUAGAUUAAAAAAAAACAAAAAACUGUUGCACAACCCUAUAAUGUUCUGCUAAUGAUUUCCAUAUAGACAUAACAAUCUGCCAUCAGGCUUGGGUCAGUAAAUCUAAAUAAAGAUCCUAUUCAAAUCUACAAGAAUUUGCCUUAACAGUAUAUUUUUUUCAUUUCCCCAGUAUUCAUGUAUGUUAGAUUAUAUUUUCUUUAGCUGAUCUAUAGAUUUUCAACCAAACGACAUUAACCCCAUAUACAGAUUUUUCAUAUUACACACACAUGCACACACACUGUGUCUUAGUUAAAAACGUGAAACUAUUCUGUGACCAGGAUUGAGAGAAGUAAGCCUGUUAUGUGCCAAUUUUUUCACAGUCAAGAAACAGAUGUUUUCUACUUUAUUUUCACCAUCACAUGAACUCAUCAUAUUAUCACUGUAACUUUCCGCAACUUGUAAGUAACCUCCUCAUGUAUGUGAACCAAGUCUUUAUUGUUGUAAAUACUGGUAUAUAUUGCCUUUUCUCUGUAAAUAGUGCACCCACGGUCCUCAAUUGUUGAUAUGAAUCUAAUGGCAUAUUUUUAUAUAUUUGUGUACGGUUUGUUUUUGUUUGUAUAUUUCUCCCUCUGGCAUGUGCUGUCGAGUAGAGUUUUGGCUUCGCUGUUUUCACUGGUAGCCAUGUUCGCUCCAAAAAUGUAAGUUUGCCUUGUUACGAAUGUCUACAGGAGGGAAAAGAACAUGACAGCUCCUGCACUGCUCUCUGGUCAAAACUCCAAGUGUCAGUGGCUCUGGCUGACAUCUUGCCGUCGUCAUGGUUACAGAGUUACUCCCUGUAUGUAGCUGUUCUUGUUUUGUCACUGUGGGUUCCUCUUUGUAAUUAAAUCAGUUCACUGGU